AUGCCCGCUGUCAAGCGUAACUCCGACGCUAUGGACGUCACGCCUACGGGCAGUCCUACCAAAAGGAUGCGUCUCACUCAACAUCAAAAGCAGGCACUGAUGGACAAUCUACAACUUGAAAUUACGGAGCGGGCGCGUAAGCUUCGUGCUCAAUAUGCACUUCAAGCCAACGACCUCCGAGCGCGUAUUGAACGACGCGUCAACCGAAUCCCACUCUCGCUGCGCAAGGCCAACAUGGGCGAGCUACUUGAGAAGCACAAUGCCACGACAAACAAACAACAGAAUCUGUCGCCUUCUCGAAAGUACUCCCCUGCGAAGGUUUCGCGUAACAUUGCCAGCAUUUCUAUCGAUCCAGAAACCUCUGCUGCACGCGACGGUCGAACUAGAAGGGCAAGCCCUGAUGGCCACUUCUCUGACAAGGAGAAUGCUCCUGCCAGUGAAGGAUUGAACAACCCUAAGCGCCGCGUGAAGGCAGGACCCGCCGGCGGGGCUUCGCGCGUGGCGUCUCAAGAAGUGCGAGGCAACGAGAACCGAAUCUUGUCUCCCAAGUCAAUCAACUCACGAACAUACCCCCACUCGCCCUUCCGUGCCUCGCCUGAAAAGGGUCAAUCAUCUUACCUAUCCCGCCCCACAUCUCCACUGAAGCCUUCUAGUCCACUGCGAUCACGCGGUGCCACUGUAUCCGCCGUGAAGGACCAGCGUCCUCCAUCCCGGGCUCAGAAGACGACCAAUCGUGCUGCGACAGGACCAAAAACUACUACUCGUUCACCUUUGCCGCGCCCGGCUACCCGACAGGCGGAGCGCAGGAAUAGUGCCUCGUCCAACGCAUCCUCGGGUACAACAGUUAUGAAACCAACUCGAACUGGAACUGGUGCUAGAAAGGCCACAGCGGCUUCUAGCGCUGCUGCAAAGAAGCCGGCUGCUCCUCGCAUGCAGGCUGCAUCAAUGGCUGUCAAGAAACCUGCUAAUACCGCGUCGAUGCGGAAGACCACUGCUCCAGCUGCCACUGAAAGUGCAACUCGGACCCGAGCGUUGCGCAAGCGGAUCUAG